GGGUUGACUCAAAGAUUCGAGAUUUUUACCCACCUAGUGAGUCACAUCUAGGCAGUCGAUUACUUUUGCAUUUACUCAGCCCAAGACAAAUCUCAAGAUUUGAACGAACAGGGAGAAAAAAGGAUUAUCAACUUAUCCAGAAGCCAGAAUCCGAAUGGAAGCAAGCAACCGAACAAAGCACGAAAUCAGUCCAACCAAAUCAAUACGCUGCAUCGUCAAACUCGGAGGAGCAGCAAUCACUUGUAAAAAUGAAUUAGAGCAGAUCAAUGGCAAGAAUCUUGAGGUAGUUUGUUCACAGUUGAGGCAAUCCAUGAUGCCUUCUGGAAAGGUCUUUGGAAUGGAUUGGAGCAAGAGGCCUGGGAUUUCAGAUGUUUCUUGUAAUGUAAAUGAGUUUGAACAUCAGCUGACUUUGGAUUCUCACAAGUUUAUUGUUGUUCAUGGAGCAGGUUCUUUUGGGCACUUUCAGGCUAGUAAGUCUGGGGUUCACAAAGGAGGAUUGCACCAACCUCUUGUGAAGGCUGGUUUCGUUGCAACACGAAUUUCUGUUACAACUCUCAAUCUUGAAAUUGUUAGAGCCCUAGCCAGAGAGGGUAUUCCGUCUGUUGGGAUGUCUCCAUUUUCAUGUGGAUGGUCAACCUCCGGGAGAAAUAUAGCUGCAGCUGAUUUGUCAGUGGUGGACAAGGCAGUUGAAUCUGGUUUUGUACCUGUUUUGCAUGGUGAUGCAGUACAUGACAACUUACAGGGAUGCACCAUAUUGAGUGGAGAUGUUAUUAUACGUCAUCUUGCAGCAGAUUUAAAGCCUGAAUAUGUUGUUUUUCUUACGGAUGUUUUGGGCGUGUAUGAUCGGCCACCUGCAGAACCGAAUGCAGUCCUUUUGAGAGAAAUCACUGUGAAUGAAGAUGGAAGCUGGUCGGUCAUAAAACCGGUUCUUCAAGACAUGGAUAAGCAAGAUUUUACCGUGGCAGCCCAUGAUACAACUGGGGGGAUGGAGGCCAAGAUAUCUGAAGCUGCAAUGAUCGCAAAACUUGGAAUUGAUGUCUACAUUGUGAAGGCAGCUACAAGCCACUCGUUGAGGGCUCUUAUAGGAGAAUUAAGGGGCAAUAUACCCGAUGACUGGCUUGGGACAGUUAUCCGCAUUUUGAAGUAGAAGGGGCUACGGUUAGGACUUUAUCUCUGAAUAUUGAACGUAAUUGAGUUUAUUCCAAGGGAAAUUACAUUAUUCUGUAUGUCAAGUUACGAUUACAAGAGAGGCAAAAUGGACUUUUUCGUAGUAAGACCAUAA